AUGAAAGUCUUAUUUCUUGCAAUGAGCAAUGGCAUUUGGUCAACUGACUUGGGGUUCUUGGAGAGCCUUGGUGACAGUGUUGGAAGAGAAAAUGAUGUGAAUGGUAAAGGUAGUCCUACAAUGAAAGAGUUGGUUGAUUCAGUGAAAUGGCCGGGGGAUCUAGAGCCGCCUCGGGUUCCCAAAGGAUGGUCAAUGCCUACAGCUAAGAAUAAACUGAAGAUUGGGUUUCCAAGUGAAGCCUCUUUCAAGCAGUUUGUGAAUGUAGAAUUGCCCAAUAAUCACAGUGAAAAAAAACCUACUGGUUACUGCUUCUGUGUCUUCGAGGAGAUUGAAAAAUUUUUGGAAUAUAGGGUACUUGCUGAAUUUGUGGAGAGUGAAAGCUCCUAUGAUGAACUAGUUGCUCGGCUUGCUGAUAAGUUUGGUUCUUCGUGCAUCGAUCUAAUCCAGAAUUCAGUGGCACAUGGAGGGAUUAGCUUGCCAAGUCGCUUUGGUUCACCUUCUGUACUCUUUUCUUUGCUCAUAGCAUUCCAGAAAGGUUCUCCGAUAGCUGUAGAUGUAUCUGAUGCCAUUCUACAUCUAUCAGAAAAUGGCAAGCUGAAAGAAUUAGAAGAUAGACUGUUUACUCCUUCCUCUGAAUGUUCAACGUUGCAAAUUGCUGAAGACAAGGAUAGCUUGCAGAUUCAGAGCUUCUAG